CGGAGGGGUUUCUCUGUUGUGACAUUUACAUUCUGUUUAGCUAAACGGAAAAAUACGCACCAUUCCAGUGUAUCUAUCAUACACCAAUUACACAAAUAAUUCAUAAGCAUUUCGGAUUUUCCACAAUUUUCGUCGUGUUUGGCAACAUAUAACUAAGUUCAUUCCAUCCGCUCCUCCCAAACUUUGCAAACCCUUGCAGCUUUCCUGCACACACACAGAGAUAGCUCUGAUUGCUGCGAAGGGAGAAGACGAGUGCGGUCACCUUUAGCUAGCAUUUAGAAUAGGCUAAUAAUAACCCUGUUCCUUUUUUAAAUCAUUUUAGUCAUGUAAGGGACUUUGUAAUGUCAGCGGAACAGGAGAAAGACACCAUCUCUCUUAAAAGGAACAGAGGUGGAGACGGGGGGCUUGAUGGGUUAGGAGGGCCGGGUGUGCUACUGGCAAGCCCCGAUAAGAAAAAGCGCAAGUCAAACACUCAGCCGUCUUCAUUCUCUCCUCUCUCGGAGUACGCUCCGCCGCCGAAUCCAAGCGCAGACCACCUGGUCGCGGCCAAUCCUUUUGACGACAGCUACAAUGUCCCGUCGUUCAAGCCCGUUCCUUCCGGAAACCCGUACUACGGGCACUCGCACUACCCCGGUUUCAGCGGCUAUGGCCCUCAAAGGAUGUCUCCGCAUGGUCCCCCUCGGAUGCCCUCUCCGUACGGGGGGCCUUAUCAGACACGAACCCACCUCCACCCGUUUUCCCAGAACCAGAUGGGCAUGGGGUUCAGUCCCCGGCCCCCUGGCUUCAACUACAGCCCCCACGAAAAUCCCGGCUAUGGGAACCAGCCGGUGUUCAACAACACCAACCUGCCUUUCCCACCUAAUCAGCCUUUUAGACCUGGGCCAGGAGACGGCUUCAAUCAACUGCCGCCGCACAACAUGAGCCAAAGCACAAACCCCGACAUGGGCCUGGGUUUGGGGCCAGAGGGAAGCGCCCCACCGCGGCCCUGCGUGGACCCUCCAACCCCUGGGUUUAUGCAGCAACAGAACAGCCUUGGCCCGCCCAGUGGCACCACCCUGCCCAAGCAAAGCGCCAACGAAGCGUCAAGUAAAAGUGCACCCCAGAGCGCUUCCCCCCAGAAACAGAGCCAGGGGUUGGAGGAGGUAGCCUGUCAGGACGGGGCCUUGGACCCUAAGCUAAAGAACCGGAGCGCCACCAUCGGUCAAGAUGGCGGUCAGCCUAAUGCUCUGGAUAAGCUCAACGGCAUUAUUCACCCCGGUGAGGACUCAUUAAAGAACUCCCCACAGCCCCUUGCUUCCAUGGAGCUCCCUUCCCUCGAGGCUAGGAGGAGGCGCAGGAGGAGUAGCAGCAGUGGGGGAGGAGGAGGUGCAGGCAGCAAUAAGGGCGUGGCACACCCAAAUCGACCGAGCCACUCCUCUACAGAGCCUGUUUACCCGUGUGGGAUAUGUCUGAGCGAAGUGAAUGAUGACCAGGAGGCCAUUUUGUGUGAGGCUUCUUGCCAGAAAUGGUUCCACCGGAUUUGCACCGGAAUGACCGAGACGGCCUAUAACCUCUUGACGGCGGAGGUGUCGGCAGUUUGGGGCUGUGACACCUGCAUGGAGGAGAAAGGUGCUCAGCUCACCAGAACCAGGGAACUGGCAGCCCAGCCCGUGGUAAACAGCGAGGGAUAGGUGCAGUCCUGGCGACCGUCACAAGAAUCUGUCGCCAUUUUAGUGCAUUUCAGAUUACCUUCUCGUUUUGGCUUGUUGUACAACAUCUUCAUUAUUUUGGUUACUGAUGAUGUUUGUGAAAUGCGGGAUUGUCCCUUUGCAGUAGAGCAGGGAUCAUCAAAUCACGGUCCUCGAGGUCCGAGAACUGCUGGUUUUCCACCCUCCCUUUACCUGGGAAUCGGAUGGGAAAACACUAAUUGUUCAGCUCAUUACCAGGGAGAAAAGAAAACCCAGGCAGAAUUUGGAAUGGAGGUCCAGAUUUGAUGAUGGUUGCAAUAGGUGUAGGUGUCCUCUGUCCAUGUUCUCAGUAGUCACUCUGGGGUGAAUGGUAGUUUUAGUCCUGGCAGCGUAAUGAUUGUCCCGACCACUGAUGUGCUAAAAACAUCCUAGUUGUCCUGUUCCGUUACAGUUUGAAUUAGAAUUUUAAGCUGCUUUUCAGUUUUAUACGAUCCUUCCUCAGACACCAUGUGAGAUAUACAGUAUAUACACUCACUGAGCACUUGAUUAGGGACACUUAGGGGUAAAAAUAUGAUUAAGUGACUUUGGCUGUGAAAUGAUUGUUGGUGCCAGACAGGGUGGUUUGAAUAUCUCAGCUGCUGAUCUCCUGGGAUUUUCACACACAACAGUCUCUAGAGUCUGUAGAGAAUGGUGCGCAAAACAAAAAACAUCCAGUGAGCGGCAGUCCUGCGGGCAAAAACGUGUUGUAAAUGAGCAAAGUCACAGGAGAAGGGCCAGACAGGUCGAAGCUGACAGUAAUGCAAAUAACCACGCAUUACAACAGUGGUAUGCAGAAGAGCAUCUCAGAACAUACAAUGUCAGACCUCUUAAAUGGAUAGGCUACAGCGGCAGAAGACUUGAGUCUAAAGAAAAUAAGUCUAGCAAAUACCUAAUUAAGUGCUCACUGAGUGUAUAAUGACAAUAACUCAAAUAUUAAGGUUUUCUGAUGUUUGUUUUGAUGUUAAAGUACCUAUAAAUACAAUGUUACAUUUUAAUCUUUGAUAAAAAUGAGCAAUACUGUCAAGGCCUCUCCAGCACAGUAGGUGGAGUUAUCUGUCUUGUGUACCAAUCAAUACUGAAUGUGGCCUAGUAUUAAAUGCGGGAAGCAUUCAAGUUAAGACAUUUGGCAGUGACCGAUACAGUACAGAUGCAUUAUACUAUAUUGUAGUGUUUUUCACGUAAGUACUGUAUUCCUGGUUGUAACAUGCAUGCACUUCUUAAUUUGUCGUAGCUGUCCUCUCAAUGCUUUGUAGCUUUGCUCACGUGCACGCCUUGUCAUUUUUGAAUGCAUUCUAUUAGUGAUUUACCUGUACAUGAAAUUAUGAUUUUCCAUUGCUAUAGGUUGAAGGCACAAAGCACAAUGGUCUGUGGAGAAUUAGAAUGUCUUUUGAUAAUUUUGAGAGGAGACUCACCUGGCCUGUCUUUCAGAACCUUGCGAUACCCAUGAAGACCCAUUUACUGGUACAAUAUUGAAGGAAAUGCUUCAGUUGCUCCUUGUGUGGAAGGUUGUUUAUUUGUAGUUUGUAUCUUGCUAUUUCUUAGCCUUGUUCUUUAAGGUUUUUAAAAAAUGCCAAGUUUUCAUUAACUUCAGUCUCACUGACCAUUUCAGUAUAUUCAUAAUUUGAAUACCGUAUUUUGCAUAUAGUCAUGUAGGCUAAUUUUCCAAACAUGUUGUCAGUUGUUACAGAUUCAUGUAUUUUCUUAACGAUGGUAUCCCAGUUAGGGACUGUUCAUCGACCUAUUCACAAAUCCCAGGCUUUUAUUACUGCUACUAUUAAAUGAGUAUCGCAAAGCACAAAUGUGUGGUGUGUGCUUGGUAUGUCAAACCAGACACCUUUUCAGAGUUUCAGUCAUCAUUUUGGAGGCCCUCCGCAUUCAUGGGGAUCCGUUAUAGAUACCCCUGUGAUGCAAAUCACAUAUUUUUUUAGUAAAGAAAUGGUGUAAUAAUGCAAUAAACAAGUGACUAAUAUCUUUAUUUAUGCAAUAAAACAAGCUUUAUCAAUAUAGUGUAUUUGAAAUCAUGAGUUUUUAGAGCUGCUGCCUGGUAAAAGUAGUGUCUCUGAAUAUUCUGAACUGAAAAGUCUGCAAAUAGAGGGGGGUCUCCUCUACUUAUGGUAAAAGUGUUCUGCACUAUACAACAGGCCCCUGUAUUAAUCCUCAUGAGAUCAGCAGUAAGCAGCUGCUCCAAUGGCUGUCCGACCCAUUGAAAAUGAGUGAAUCAAGUGGUGGGGACCUUUCUACAAGGUUAAAGAGCUAUCUGUCUGAGAGGUCUCAUAAUUCAACUUCACUUAUCGAAAAUUGCAUGCGGCGGGAAAAAUGUGAGUAAAUGAUGAAAUUAAAUAUGAAGUCGGUCCCCCGUGGACUGUACUGCAGUAGCAACAGCAGUUUUGUGUCCAUUGGCAGUUGGCAGUUUACCCAUCUUUCCCCUUGGUAGUCAGCAGAAAGGUACAUUCAUGAUGUUUUUGUUACCUGAAAAAUAUACGGUAUAUUUAAAAUAUGUAAUAAUUAUAGUUAUGACCUGUAAUGCAAAGUGGUGUCAUGUUCAGAUGACAUGCAGCAAGUUAGAAAUUAACUCAAAGGAGUACACAGUGGUAUAAUAAAAUCCUUUGAAUCAUGUUCUAACUGGCAAGAUGUGUGAUUGAUGUUUGAAGAGCUAUUUUAAUUUAUAAUUAAGCUUUUGAUGGGGUCUGCUCUUCAAGGAUGGAGAUGAAGCAAGAGAUUGUAUCACUAGGUAGCAUUUCAAAAUUAUGUUUUGCCUUUCAUUCCUGUGAAAUAUAUGCACUGCUAAAGUAAUUCUUAGCACUUAUAUUAUACAGGCAUGGGAAAAUUGUGUUCAGGAUGUUUGUGAAAGUUGCAAACAAUGUCAAAAAGCAAAUGUACAUGGUAAAUCUGCUUAGAUAUAAAUAUCCCUCAACUAUUUGCCCUUACAAAAUAAAUAGCAAUUUAAUUUGAUAAAUGCAAACUUAAGAUAAAUUGAUAAUCAGUCAUGUUCCUUUGAACUUUUGAACUGGCAGAUGGUGACUAGAUGGUGUUGACUUGAGAAAUUUGUAUCUGCUUUAAGCUGUAAAAACACAUCAGAAAUAAGCCUUCCAAAGCAGGAAUCUUUUACAACACUGCCAUAUUUAUAGUCAACAGAGGGGAGAAACUGGCCUUUGUUUAUUUAUAUAAGUGUUUUAAUAUGAUAAUUACUGUUAAUUUAUUAGAUUCCAUUUUUUGUGUAGUGAACUGCUGUGUUGAAAAUGAUAUUUGAUUUAAUAUAUUCCCCCACAUUUCCUGUACUUAAAUGUUUUUUUGUUUUUUUUAUUGAAACUUUUUUCGAUUUGUGCUUGACACAAAGCAAUACAAAAGUGGUGACUAUCCCAUUCAAUACGUGUUGAAAUGAAUAUUGCCAAUAAGUAUGGACCUGUGUUUCCAUAUUAUUUCUCCAAGAUCUUGUGUUUAUUUUUGCUACUUUUCUGUAAAUUUUUACACUAGAUGACUGUUGACACCAGAUGCCUUAAUGUGCUUGAUGGUUCUGUAUAACUGUAACUUGUAGCUCUUGAGUCAAAGGUAAGAAGAGGCCAAAUACUCAUUCUACACUACAUAAAGUCAUUUGUGCUGCCCAAUGCUGUGGAAUGAAUGUGUUGCUUGAGAAAUAUGUUUCAAGUUAAAUAUUUACCGUGAUGUGAAAAUAAUUUCAUUACAGAUAUUGAAUGUACAUUUCAUAUGUAAAGCAUUUUAAAUAAGCUUACACCAAGUGAUACACUUUGGUAUUUAGCUUGCAGGCAUUGUUUUUAAUGACCACGAAGGUACAAACCGUGCUUAACAAAGGAGGCCUGGGUUCUGAGAUGCAGUGUAAAUAUUGGCAGUUAAUCAUGGCUGUGAAGACCAAGGUUAAUACUUGUGCUUGUAUGUUUUAUUGCCACUAGCAUUGUUAAAGAGUAGGCCAUAUUAUGGCAACAAAUUGUGUGUACACACACACACACACACACACACAUGCACCAACAUUCAGAAUCAAACAUUUUUGGGGGGUUGCUUGAUCCUUGCCAAGACCUGUUACAAAUUAAUUAGUGCAGAAAUGUCAAGUCUGUUUCAUUUUUACGUGUACAAUUCAAAUGUAAAGUUGUCAGAACUUUGCUCUGUACUGCAUAAA